UACAUUUCAAACUCAGGUCUCAGGAGUAUGAGCCUCUGAGGCACUGAUAGUCUGGAGUGUUUCAUCUGAAGGCUAAAUAUGCUCUGAGCGGCUCAUGAGAUUCUCUCACUUUGACUCGGAUAUACAAAAUAUUCCAUGUAUGUACUCCCAGCGAGUGAGAGCGCCAGCUUGAUAUAUAUAUAAUGUAUACUUCUUGCGCGUAUUGCCAGAUGUCGAUUCUUGUUGAAUAUUGUGGUAAAAGUUAAUUUUCUCGAGAACCAGGAAGGAGACAAUGUCCACACUACCUUAUUUACCACAAGACUUUUUGGAGAACAUUUUGAUACGAGUAGAUAUUAGCAACCAUGCGCAGAUAUUUUCGACAUGCAAAGCGCUCAGAGCCACGGGACAAUCCUGGUAUGUACGCCGAGGAAUUCUGGUCAGAAAAACGCUGCCUUCGAACAAUAUACAGUUAUACUGAAAACGGUGCUCAGGGCAUGACAUCAGGACUACGCGAUGGGUAAAGGCUUCGGCCAACUUGCAGGCAUUUAUCAAUCAGGCAUUGAAGUGGGGAGGCAAAAAAAUGCUCAGACAAGUGGUAGAUCGCAUGCGUUACUUGUCACCGAAGAUGUGUUCCUGCAGUGUUGUAUGCUUGGGUUGACAGAUAUUGUGAAGUACAUGCUACAUAGGAAACUCGGAGACCCCACUAUUCGAGACAACAUGGCCAUCCGGAUGGCCUGUAGAGAUGGAGAUACAAGUAUUGUAGAGAUACUUCUUGACGAUCCCAAUGUGGAUGCCGAUGCCGACGAUGGGUUCUGUAUAAUCAUAUCGAGCAUACACGGGAGGAGCGAUAUUGUCAAAAUGUUACUAGCAAAUGGGCGCGUAAAUCCUGCUGUAGAUGACAAUUAUGCACUCGAAAAGGCAUGUGAAAAUGGUCAUUAAGAGACUGUCAAGUUGUUAUUAGAGUGUGGGGGUAUACGCAUAGAUCCUGCAGUUGACGACUUUUAUCCCUUGCGAUCGGCUAGUAAGAAUGGGUAGUACAGAUACUUAUUUGGAGCCCAUUGACCGAUUCUGAGGACGAUAAGGAGGUUUUACGACAGAUGCUGAAUGAUUCAAGCUUUGGACCAGUAGAUGAUUUUCACGCCAGAAGCUGCAUGCUGAAAAUUUUGCAAAGUGCUUGAGCGGUAUAAUACCACACACUAGCAGGAGAAGGACGAGGAUUCUUUACUUUACGAUGUGUGAAAGCUUCACCACGAAAUUAGAUUGUGGAACAAAACUUUUAAACCAUUACGAAGGAAGGUUUUCACGUACUGAAAAGGUGGUUCAUUAUUAGCUUUUACUCUUGUAUGCGCCUUGAACAAGGUUUGUAAACACGAACUAGUCCUGCUGACAUGUUCGAAUCCUACCAAGUAGGAUGUAGCUUGUAUUUUUACCGUAAAAUUCAGUAUAAAACGGCGCAAUAAAACACGGCUGGGACGCCGCGAGGGCUGAAAGCUCGUAAUCGGAGGGGUAAUUCAUUUGUUCAUAAUCACGUAUAUAAGCAACCUUUUUAGAAAAAAACCAAAACAAAAUUAUACAAAAACUGGUGAGCCGUUCUUCUGAAAUAAGGAAGGACUCCAAGGGGGUCUACAAAUGGGUCAAAUAGCGUCACGGACGUCUUUUGUCGACCGACAAAAAAUCGGUGAUAAAGUUGACAGGGACUUAGAAAAGCUUCCGCUUUCAGUAAUAAAAGAAUAUGGAUUUGUGGUACAGCCACGGGUACUUUU